UUGAAGAACUCCAUUGAAGACGCAAGAAGCAAGGUUUAGGCUCAAACAUGUGGGCCGCUUUGUUGCUCACGCUGGCCUUUUCUGCUACAAGAAUGACGGCAGAAAAAUAUGUCACAGAUAUUGCCGUUGAAGAGAGACCUGUAAUAGCCAAGGGCAUACUUAAGGCUCCAAGUGUGGUUGGAUGAGCCAUCAAGAAGAUGCCUGAGCUCUAUACGUUUCUCAUGGAGCGAUGGGCAUUGUAUCACAACCUGGAAUAUGAUUCAGGGGAGGAGAAGAAUCCACAUCUGAUCUUCUACAAUGAUAAGGAUGAGGUUGUUCAGACUGUCCCUGUAAAGAAGAUGAAGGUGGAUGAGAUCAGCAGUCUGCUGGACUCACUGGGUUUCUACAAGAGAUCUCAGAAGGGAGAGGAGGUGCCUGAGGAGUUUCAGUACUUUCCCCUGCAUGCCCCCAGGGAUGAGCUGUGAGCACAGUGACAUCUCGUGGCCAUACUCUAUCACUGCACCCUGUCACACAUGACGAGUGGGGCCCCAAGGCCACAACAUAAGCCAGGCCCCAGUCUGAGGACUACAGACUCUGUGCAGUUGAGCAAAGCAGAGCGCUACUACACUGUCUCACUGUAAUUGAAACAUUAAUUGAAUCAUGAA